GAAAUUGAAGCUGAAAAAAAAAAAAAGUUAAAGCAACAUGUAGCUGUACAAGCUAAAAGCCAAGAAAAAAAACGUGAAACUUUAGAAAAUAAGGGAGAACUUAUCAGAUACGAUUCACCCGGGCGACCGUCUUUUCUUCUUUUAAAUCCUGAUCUUCCAGAGCAGAUGCAUUCAUGUAUUGAAUUUG